GUUCAAUAAAAACGAAUAUCAUAACAACCAAGCAAAAGCAAAGCAAGUCUCAUUAUUUUUUCGCCUAGUUUAUGAACACUUUCUUCUCUUGCUAAUCUGUCAAAAUAUUUACCAAAAAAAAUGAUGUAAAAUUCUUCUUUUCAUUUUGAUAACAAAUUUUCCAGUAUUAUUCGUGUAAUUCGCUCAUUUAUAGUAUAUUACGCAACAGCAACAACUUUGAUUUGUUAAUUAGUGUGAUAGCUAUCGUUUAUAAUCAUUAGUUACACCUUUAAAAUGGCUGAGAUCAGUGAAAAAUACAAUACCAAGUGCCCUGGCGUUAAACGUCUAAUGAGAGAAGCUUUGGAGUUGGCUGAUGCAACAGAAGAUUACUGUGCUCGGCCGCUAGAAGACAACCUGUUCGAGUGGCACUUCACGGUGCAAGGUCCUAAAGGCACGGACUUCGAAGGUGGCAUCUACCAUGGCAGGAUUCUACUACCAAAGGAGUAUCCCAUGCAUCCCCCACAUAUUAUACUGUUGACGCCCAAUGGAAGGUUCGAGGUUCACAAAAAGAUCUGUCUUUCAAUUUCUGGCCAUCACCCAGAGACAUGGCAGCCAUCAUGGUCAAUCAGAACAGCCUUGCUAGCUCUCAUUGCAUUCAUGCCCACUCCUGCUGAGGGCACCAUUGGGUCCCUCGACUACACUCCGGCCGAGAGGAAAAUAUUAGCCAAGAAGUCCAAGAGCUGGGUAUGCCCUCAGUGUGGUGAGAUAUCAGCUCUGCUUUCCAGUGCUGCAUCUAAACCACCAACUGAGGAGGAACAAUCAGUAUUAGACCAGAUUGCUCUGAAAGGCGAGGAGGAGCAGGCAGUGAAGCCUCCGGAGGAGCCCGUGCAGGAGGUACAGACCCAGGUGUCGGAGUCCAUUGAGUCAUCAGGAACCAGCUUCUUGGACCAGCUCACUGAGAUAAUAGUGGCAUUACUGGUGGGGCUUGUGGCUGUGUUUAUCUACAGGCGCUGGAAUGCUUACUACAACACAACUGAGUCAGAGCUAUAACUUUUAGGAUACUUAUUUAUUUAUGGCCUAUAUUCUAUAGUUAUAUUAAAGUUAUACCUAAUCAAGUAAGAUAAUAUUUUGUGUGUAUAAAUGAAUUGUCUAGAAAUGUAAUAUACUACAUGAGUCCUUGCCAUCCAUUCAUCUUAUAAAUUAUUAAAAUUUAUUGUAAAAAUUUGCAUAAUUUCUGGAACUGAUGCAAAUUUUAAAUGAUAAAGGUAUGUAUCAGUGUGUGUCAAGCAGCAACAAAUGUUUGAAUACAAAACAAAUUAAUGUUGUAUUGGCUACAUUAUAUUGUUCCAAAUAUUUCAUGUUUGUGAUAUUUAUUAUUUAAUGUUUAGAACCUCUUACGCUAGAUGUUUUAAUAUAAAUAGGAACCUAAAUGUAUGACAUUCCAAGAGAUUGAACAUAAUGUUUUCACUUCUGGGAUCAUAAAUUAUUUGACUACAUAUUGUUAACUCUAGCAAGCAAGUAAUAAACUUGCAUUUUUUACAUUAUGUGUAAUUAGUCUUAAAAUUCUGAAGUGCUGAUAUUGUUUUUUGUUAAUAAAAUUAUAAAAUAUA